GGGCACAGCAACAUUCGAACAAGUGACGUUUUCGAUUAAUCCUGAAUCAUGACUGCUUUACCAAGUGCGAAGAUUGCCUUCGUCACCGGUGCCAAUGGCAUCAGCGGGUACUCUAUAAUCGAGCACCUGGUACGCCAGCCUAAGGAGGAGUGGUAUGACUGACACCCAAUUUGCGCUUGAUAGCCUAUGUCCAUCUCAAGGGCCGCAAGAUGCUUACGAGUUUUUCAGGAGCAAGAUAAUCGUGACAUCUAGAAAGCCUCUUCCGAAUGGUUGGACCGACCCGCGAGUAGAAUUCAUAGCAAUAGAUUUUCUCGAUCCGGUCGAGAAAAUUAUUGCCAAAAUACGGGAUAUCUGCGCGGAUGUUACACACGCCUUCUUCACUUCGUACGUCCACAAUGAUGACUUCAGUGUGCUCAGGGAAAUGAAUGUUCCUUUGUUCCGCAACUUCCUCGAUGCAGUGGACGCAGUGUGUCCUUUGCUGCAGCGAGUGUGCCUUCAAACAGGCGGAAAGUACUACGGUGUGCACCUGGGACCGGUGAAGGUGCCCCUGGAGGAGUGGUUUCCUCGGUAUGACGAUAAGGGAUACAAUUUCUACUACCCUCAGGAAGACUAUUUGAAGGAAGUUCAAAGUCGACGGAAGAGCUGGUCGUACAACAUCAUUCGUCCCAAUGCUAUCAAUGGCUACGCACCUCAUGCAAAUGGAAUGUCCGAGGUGUUGACAAUUGCUAUUUACAUGUUGAUCUGCCGAGAGUUGAAUCAACCUGCAGCAUUCCCAGGAAACAAAUACUUCUGGAACUCCAUUGAUGAUAACUCUUAUGCUCCAAGCCUUGCAGAUCUCUCGGUAUGGGUUGCCAGUCAUGAUCACUGCAAAAAUGAGGCCUUCAACCAUGCCAAUGGUGACGUAUUUGUGUGGAAGUAUAUCUGGCAGGACUUUGCUGCCUAUCUUGGUCUUGAGGUUCCCGAACCUAAAUUUGAGAAGGCUGGUGGACAAGCUACUACUUUGGCCAACGAGAUCAAUAUGGUUGAAUGGGCCAGAGAUAAGCGUUCUAUUUGGGAGCAAAUUGUCUCCAAGUAUGGUGGCAAGAUUGAGGCCUUCGACUGGGCUACUUGGGGGUUUAUGAACUGGGCCACGGGCAAAUCCUGGCUGACAAUCUCGUCCAUAAAUAAGGCGAGGAAAUUCGGAUGGCAGCGGAACGAUAAGACACUGGACACCUGGGUUGAGACCUACCGGUCCUUCGAGAACGCUGGUGUCCUUCCACCUCGGCGAGCGUUAACUCAAUAAAGCCAGGUCCAAGCAAUUUUAAGUGAGCAUUUUACAUGAGCACGUGAAGUUGGUUAUAGGCUAUCCUCUACUUUUGAACGUCAAGUUACCAUUAUCAAAAGGGCGAUUAGAGGACUCGUUUUAUACGCCAAGUCGAGAAAUUUCUUCAAUUUCUAGGUUUUAUUUGAGGUAUGCUACCAACCCGAACUUGACCUUGGGAAAAAUCCAAGAUACCAAAGGGAAUUAAGGUACAAGCUUCGCCCUGCUCGAUCAAACAUCCGUAUAUUCGUAUAGAAACCUAUCUAUUCCUGACAUCAGUAUAUAUCAGAUUACAUAAUAUACAUAUAUUCUCGAG